GACUUGUUCUCUUAUUAAGAAAUGGCGCGAAAAAUGGCUAGAAGUGAUUUAAUACUUAUUUAGCUUGAUGCUUGUAUGGAGCUCAUCAAGCUAACAAAUGAUAUUAUUAAAAAAAUAACUUUGUUUAGUGAUUUAUUUUAUAAUUAUUUUGCAUUAAAAGUAAAUAUUUUUCUCUUUUAAAUUAUAUUUAAAAUGGAUAAUGAUAGUGAUUCUGAUAUAGAUGAUAUUUUAAAUGAUCUCUUAGCUAAUAGUGAAGUAGAAGAAAAUAAUAAAUCACCUUCAAAAGAAACUCUGAAAGAAUUAGACUUUAAUUUUUUAGAUAAUACUUCUAAAUUAAAUAAUGAAAAUAAAUCUAUUGAUGUUCAAAAAAAAAAUGAAAUUCAUGAUGAUAUACUUGAUUCUUCAGAUGAUGAAGAUAGACGAUAUUUUGAAAAACAAAAAUAUUCUAAUUAUGGACGUGAUAUAAAAUCUUUAUUAAAGAAAGAACCUAUUAAAAAAAAUGAAGAUAAACCAUUAUCAUGUAAAACAAGUAGUAAAACAUUUGAUUUUAGUGCAACAAAAAUUAAUAAAAAUGCAAAUAUGAAUAAUAAUAUCACAGUUAUUUCUAAAGAUGUUUAUAGUGAUCCAUUUUUUGGAUUGAGAAUCAUUAAUCCAAUUGUUUCUUCAGCAGAAUUAAAAGCACGUAUGAUUGAUAAAGUACCAGUUACAGUAUCAAAAAUAAAAUAUCAUCUUAAUUCUGAAAAUGUAGAGAAAGAUUGGGUAAUUGCAGGAGUAUUAAUAAAUAAAUCUCUACCGAAAACUUCUCAAAAGGGAACUUCAUAUUCUAUAUGGAAAAUAAGUGAUUUAUCUGAAAAUAUAAACACUAUAAGCCUUUUUAUGUUUAGUAAUGCUCAUAAAACUCUUUGGAAAACAACUAUUGGAACUGUGAUAGGUAUUCUUAAUCCAAAUAUCUUAGAAUCUAAAGACAAUUUUGAUUUAGCUACAUUAUCAAUUGAUAAUCCUCAAAGGAUCAUGAUUCUUGGUAAAUCUAAAGAUAUGGGAAAAUGUAAAUCAAAGAAAAAAAAUGGAGAACAAUGUAAUUCUAUUGUAAAUAUUAGUCGAUGUGAAUUUUGUUUAUAUCAUGUGAAAAAAGAAUAUAAAAAAUGUUCUCUUAGAGCAGAAUUACAAUCAUUUAGUAACACUCAGAAUUUUUCAAUAGAUAUGUUAAAAAAAAAGACACGACAACAACAGAAACCAUUUUUAAACAAUAUGCCUGAAUUUCAUACUGUUGUUGCAACAAAAAGCAAAAAAUUAGAAGAAAAAGAUGCUAAACGGUUAGCAUUACUUUCAGGAAGUCAGAAGAAUGAUAAUUUAAUUAAUAAAAAUUUAAAUAAUAUAAGAAAUGAAAAUGAAAAAGUAGGAAUAUCAGAACAACAAUUAAAAAAAAAUUUUGAACAAAUAAACAAAUCAAGAGGUUGGAAAGUUGCUCUAUUAUCUCAAGCAUCUCUAAAUUCUUGCAAAAAUAAUAAUAUGGAAAAAAAAGAUUUAAAUAUGGUUUCUUCAAAUCCCCAUUUAGGUAUUGGUUGUCAAAAAGGAAUAAUAGAUUUGUCACAACCUAUAACUAAAAAACAAAUUAAUAUUGCUAAAAAAAAUGCAGUUAAUUGGGUUAAAGAAAAUGGAAAAAUCAAACCUAAGGAUCCAAAUAAAAUACGUUUGAACAAAGAAGAAAAGUUAGAAAGGGGGAAAAAACGACUAAGAGAGCCAGAAAAUGAUGAAAAGCAAGAAAUAAAAAAACCAAAUAUAUUAUCAGAUAAAUUUAAAGAAAUAAUGCAAACUAAGUCUACUCAUACUGAUCUUAUUGAAAAAUCUUAUGAGCAAGAAAAAGAUAAAUAUUUCAAUAAACUGGAAAUGAAAGAAAAAUUAGAAGAGAAAAUGUUAACUACUUAUAAAAUUCCUUGUAAAGCUGUUAAAUGUUUAGUUUGUAAAUAUAUAUCAUUUUCUGCUUCUGACAUGUGCAAGGAUCAAAAACAUCCAUUGUGCGUUAUUGAUGCAAUAAAAAGAUUCUUUAAAUGUGCAGAUUGUGGAAAUAGAACUGUAAGUUUAGAUAGAAUACCUUCGCAUAGUUGUAUAAAAUGCAGCAGUUCAAAUUGGAUAAAAGCUGCAAUGAUGGAUGAAAGAAAAACAAAUGUUUCUAUCACCGCAUUAUCCAUACGCGGAGACGAAGAAACUUAUAUAGGAUCAAUGAUCAAAGAUGCCAAUCUUAAUCUCUUGGUACCAGAAAAUGACAAAUAAUAUCAUGCUGAUUGAAAAUUUAUAAAUUAUAUAUAUAAAAGAGUGACAUCUUUUUUAAAAAUUUUAUAUCUAUUUAAUUUGUAUGCUAUGUUAUAAAUAUAGAUAAUUCUAUUUGUUUGUUUUUUUAUUAUCCUUAAUAUUCAUACUUUUUUAAUAUAUAUGUAAAAUAUACAAAAGUAAAAUAAAAAAAAAUUUUAUAUUAAUUAAAUUUCUAUAUAUAUAUAUAUGUAUGUAUGUAUAUAUAUAUGUACAUGUAAAAAUGUAAUUUAAUAUUUUUUACAAGACGAAUAUUAUUUAAAAGCAAUUAAAAAAAUAAAUACAUUUAAAUAUACCCAUCCAAUUGUACAUAUUAAAAUUAGGUAUAAAAUGGUAUAAAAUGUAUUUCAAUGAUUAUGAGAAUUUUUUUUUAUUGUAUUAUGCCAAUUUUUUUUCAUUUUUCUAUUCAAAUUUCUAUUCAACAGCACCUCAUCUUAUAGGCAAAUAUAUUUUACCAAUAAUAUAAAGACAAUUUUCUGUCCUUUCAUAUAAGUAAAAUUUACGUAUAUGUAUAAAAAGGGAGAACAUUAACAAAAAUGUAAAAAGACGUUAUAAUUGGAACCCGGAAAUAUCCUUUAUUGUGAAAUUAUCACAGAGCAAAACUGUUAAAAACUAUUUUUUUAUUCUCUUUAUUACUAUUAUUAUUUAUUUUUUUAUUUUACAAUCUUAAAAUAUUUUUAAGUAAUUAUUUUAAAUGUGCUCUGUGAAAACAGAUAUUAUUAUGACAUUUUCGGGUUCUAAUAGCAACUUUUUUGCAUGAGAAACAUAGACUGUAUUUUUCAUUUCUUAUUCAUUUUUUCAUAUUCUAUUCUAUUCAGAUUCUUAUUAAAUUUUGAUAUUAACGAUACGUUAAUUUUUUUGUGUAUAAAUUUUGUAAUGAAUAUGUGAAAAAAGAGAAAUUGGAAAUAAUGUUUAAUUAUCAAUUUCAUGUGUUUUUGAAGAAAUACAUCAAAAUAUUUUAUGAUUGUUAAUGUUACAAAAUUGUAUUUUUUACAAUUUUGUAUCAUUAACAAUAAAAUAAAUAAUAUAUUUUUAAAUUACAUAUUAAAAAAUACAAAACUAUAAUGACAUAUGAAUUAAUUUCCUGAAAAUUAUAAAUUAAAGAAAAAAUUAUAAAUUAAUACUAUAAUUCUUUGUUAUUUAAGUGAUUUCUAUUUUCAAAAUUAAAAUAUUUUUCAUCUUAAUAGACAUUAUUUAAAUAUUGAAAACUAUUAUUUUAUCAUUAUUUCAAUAUCCCUCUUUAUCACUUCACAAAAUAUUAUUAAUCCUAGAAAGACCGGGGGAGGAGGGGGAAAGACCUUCCUCGAGUCCACUAUUUACAAAAUUUGAAAAAAAUUUUUUUCAUUCAAAAAAUUUCUAAAAAUUUAUUUAUCCUUUAAAGAUUCGCAUAGAAAAAUUGAUAAUUAGAUAUAUUGAUAGAAAAACAGAUAUCAAUAUAUCUUACAUUGCAACUAAGAGGAAUUUGUCACAAAUCAAACGGCAAGAAUAUAUUCAUAUAAACGUGGAAAUCGGAGAUGAAUUCUCUAUAUGUUUUAUACAUUAAAUAUUGCUGCUCUAAAUAUAUAUUUCUUAUUUAUAAUAGCAAAUCUAAAUUAGAAUAAUAAAAAUGAACACACAAAAGAUUUUCUUACGAGGAUUAUUCAAUGAAUUGAUUCAAAAGCAAUUAGUUAGGGAUCCGAAUUUAACAAGAUUUCAAAAGCAUAUAAUAAAUAAUAUAGAAAAAAUAAAGGAGCUAACAGCAAAAAGAAAAAAAAUAAAACAAAAAAAACCAACAGGAAAAGGAUGCUGCUACAAAUAUAUCGGAAACGAAAUAAAAGAAUAAAAUAUAACUUAUCCAAGGCAAAGCAAUAUUGUACUAAUUGUAAAUAACAUAUAUGUAAAAAACAUUCAAAUAAUGUAAUAAUAUACGAAACUUGUGAAGAAUUAAAUUCUGAUGUAUCGCGAUUGGGUUAAAUAAAUUAUUAAUGAAAAAUCUCAUACAAAAUAUUAAUAUAUAUGUUAUAUUCAUAUUUCGCAUAAUCCAAAAUUACUCAUCCUAUUAAAAUAUCUGCUUUUAAAACAUGAAAAACUUAGGUGGACUUAGUAUAUCUCUUAUUAGUUUUUUACAUAAUGGUUCGAGCCUCGGUCUUUCUGGGGUUAAUAGAACGUGUAUCAUGGUACGGCCAACAAUUUUUUACGUAAUUUUAAAAUUCAUUUUUACCGUUCAUAAUUCAUUUCAGUAAAGAUGAGUUAAAAUUUUUAGGACAUAGCACAAAUGUACUUUAUGCGUACAAUACAUAUAAAAUAUGAGGUAAUAAUAAGUUCAUAUUCUGAAAAAUUUGAUUAAGCAAAACUUAUAACGAUUACAUCUUUGUAUUGCCUUGCUAGAUAAAUGUAACAUUUGAAGGAACAAAAAUAUUUUGUAGCAAUACAGGAGAAUAAGAUUGCCAAAAAUUAUAAAUCUGUUAGCAGAUUAUACAACUAUGCUUAUGGAAGAGAUCAUAGGCAAGCCAUAAUCUAAGUACGUCAUUGAUUUGUUUAAAUGAAAUGUACGACGUCUAAUCUUUUUUUUAUGCGCAUUCUUUUGCAUACUCAUUUUCUCUUACCUUACAUAAAAAUCAAAAAACAAAAAAAAAAAAAAAAAAAAAGAACCAAA